GAUCACAGAGCAGCCAGAUGGUAUCACAGUGAACGCCAUACUCGCAGAGUUCAGUGACAGCUUUCCACAUGUAACGUUUAGAGAGUUGUGAGAAGCAGUGUUCGUUCGCACAGGCACAGCAUUUUACACGUUGUGAACAUCUAAGCGAGUGGUUCCGUAAACGACUGAAUGAUGACAGCAAAAACUUUGGAAAAAGUCCCCGUAACUCUUGGCGGCUUCGUGCACCCUCUGUCCGAAAGCAUCUACUCAGUGGACGAGAUCUCAUCAUUGCCUGCCUCUGUGACUAUAUUUCCAAAUGGUGAUUUGGGAGGACAUUACGAGCAGAUCAACGGGAUUUCGGGAGAUGGCUUGAUCAGCGGGGACAUGAGCACAGAUAAGCGUUCUCUCGACUUGUCCUAUUCCAGCAGCUUCGCGCAACCAGCUGGCCCUCGCAACCAAACUUUCACCUAUAUGGGCAAGUUUUCCAUCGACUCCCAGUACCCAGGAAACUGGAACCCAGAGGGAGUGAUUAACAUCGUGAGCGCGGGGAUCCUGGGCAUGACCCAGCCAUCCUCAGCAUCCUCGUCACCUGCAUCCUCAGUCUCCCCGAAUCACUUCGCCAGCACUCUCAACUGCACCAUGGCACAGAACCAGUCCGACAUGGAGCACAUCUACUCUCCUCCACCACCCUACUCUGGAUGUGGAGAGGUCUAUCAAGACCCAUCCGCUUUCCUCUCGACGUCCACUUGUCCGAUCUCCUAUCCCCCGCCAUCCUACUCAUCCCCCAAACCAAACACAGACUCCGGGCUCUUCCCCAUCAUCCCGGACUACGCCAGCUUUUUUCAACCUCCAUGCCAGAGGGACAUGCAGUCCAUGCCCGACCGCAAACCGUUCUCCUGCCCGCUGGAGUCUUUCAGAGUUCCUCCACCCUUAACACCACUGAACACUAUCAGGAACUUCACACUGGGGGGACCGGUGUCUGAUGGACCCAGGAUACCCACAGCCUACAGCCCGCAAAAUUUGCCCCUCAGGCCCAUUCUGCGCCCGAGGAAAUACCCCAACAGACCCAGCAAGACGCCCGUCCACGAGCGCCCCUACCCCUGCCCGGCAGAGGGCUGCGACAGGCGCUUCUCCAGAUCGGACGAGCUCACCAGACACAUCCGCAUCCACACCGGCCACAAACCCUUCCAGUGUCGGAUAUGCAUGCGGAACUUUAGUCGCAGCGACCACCUGACGACCCACAUCCGCACGCACACCGGCGAAAAACCGUUCGCGUGCGACUUUUGUGGGAGAAAGUUCGCGCGGAGCGACGAAAGAAAGAGACACACCAAAAUCCACCUGCGACAGAAAGAGAGAAAGUCCUUAUCAUCUUCUAGCUCAGAGCGCAACAUCACCAUGGGCACAUCCGCGGGCAUCUGCUCGUCCAGUUCAAGCCAGUAAAUUUUCAACUGGACUGUGCAAUAUCCAACACUAUGUAGGCAAUAGCUAAUGAAAAUAAUCAUGCACCACUCGUAAUAUAUUAAAACUGGAUGAACUGACUGAAAUCAAACCACAGUGACAAAAGGACACAUUCAUUGCGCGCACUUUAAAGAUGUGGUGGUGCGUUGCUCUUCCUCUCUUAUAUAUAUAUUUUGAUUGUUUUGUUUUUUUGCCACAGUCGCAUGCUGACUGAAAAAACGCACUUUGUUUCAAUAUUUAGGACAAUUAAUUUAAUAAAAAGAAAUUAACCUUAAACAGCACGUGGGAGGAAAGUUGAAAAAAAGUGGGGUGCUUAAACUCGAAUAGAGGUGUUGUGAAUGAUUUGCAUCUGAAAAGUCAGUUUAAUCCUAAUUUCAGCUAAACUAAUGUGUUAUUUGACAAGAAGGUUCUAACAUCACCCUUUUCUCCCAUUGUCGUGCCUUUCGUCCGUUCAUCUUGUACAUAAACCGAGCUUUGAAUUAAAUUGUACAUUAUCCUUUAAUAUGAAAGUUUUCCAACAUAUAUUUUUGUACAAGUUGUUUCGUGUCAUAAGUGUUGCAUUGUGGUUAAAACAAGGAAUGUAAAUAUUUGAUCUCAUAGCGACUUGACGUUUGUUCUGUGGUUGUUCUGACUGAUAUCAAUGUAUGUGUAAUGACAUUACUAACGCAGGUCAACAAUGUCCAAACUACUUUGUCAACAUGAAUAUAAUAAAC